AACACUGUCACCUAAUUUAAAGGGAUAUAAAUCCACACGACGGCAAGACAAUUAAAGGUCCAGUGACCUCCAAGUGUCCUGUGUGCAUUUCUUUAUGGAGAUGUGCCCAUGUUACUACCUAUUGCCACAUUAAACAAGGUCAUUGAAGUGUCCGUGUGACAGAAGCGUGACGGUCGCCGCGGCAGUGUCCUUUGAGCAGCCGCCGAUGGGGAUGGGGGAUGUGACCGACCUGUCACCUGACCGCCCUAAAGGUGACGAGAGAGGGGGAGAAACGCCGGAGUGAAUAAGGGAAUACGCAUGCAGAGAAAGGCAGCCGCCUUCCGUCUAUUCAGCAAUACCGGCCUCUCCGUAUAGGAGGGGAAAAGCGCCUGUCAUCACCAGUGAAGAUAUUCAGCCUUUGAAAUAAGACUCAUCUCACGCUGCCUUUUUGGACCGCAGUCAUAAACAAACGCUCUUAACAUCCUGGGCUGCAUACAUCGGAUAAAUAUCUUGUUUUUUUCCAGAUAUAACAAUACAGAUGGGAGAUGAAUGAAUAUGGUUUUUUUUUAAAUGACAGACUUUGCUGCAGCAAAACGUCUGACAUCAGAAGGCGCGUCAAUUUACAUCUUCCGUUUAUUUGUUAAAAGAGAAUUAUUAUUUUAAUAAUUUAUUAUUUUUUUACCAAGCCUGAGCGGUUACAUAAGAGGGCACACGCUGAGCCAGGCGCCCGGGUAAUCGACACAAGAAGAGCGCAGCCUCCCUGAUCCCAGCCCAUGCAGAGGCUCUGCGCAACCGGCCACAAGCGAACCUAGCGGCUCCAGCGCAGACCGUCGCCGCUUCUAAGGUCGUACCCUUGGAUUAUUUUGGGAGGACAGUUUGGAUAUAACCCUUUGCGCGGCUUCACAUAAAAAAAAAUUCGGUGAGAUUUAUUUCUUGAGGUUGGCUUUACCGAAGAAAGAUGUCGGGGCAGACGCUGACCGACCGCAUCGCCGCAGCGCAGUACAGCCUGACCGGAUCGGAGGUGGCCCGGGCUGUCUGCAAGGCCACCACGCAUGAAGUGAUGGGACCCAAGAAGAAGCACCUGGAAUUUCUGAUCCAUGCCACCAACGAGACGAACGUCAACAUCCCCCAGAUGGCGGAGACACUGUUUGAGCGGGCCUGCAAUGCCAGCUGGGUGGUGGUGUUCAAGGCGCUGGUCACGACGCAUCACAUAAUGCUGAACGGCAAUGAGAGGUUCAUCCAGUACCUGGCAUCAAGAGGGGCUCUCUUCAACGUCAGUAAUUUUGUUGAUAAAACAGGCGCUCAGGGUUAUGAUAUGUCCACGUUCAUCAGACGCUAUGGCAGAUACUUGAAUGAGAAGGCAUUUGCAUAUCGUCAGAUGGCCUUCGACUUUUCCAGAGUGAAAAAGGGUACUGAUGGCGUGAUGAGGACACUGGCCACUGACAAACUCUUGAAAGGGAUGCCGGUCCUGCAGGGCCAGAUCGAUAUUCUGCUGGAGUUUGACGUUCAUCCUAAAGAACUGUCUAAUGGGGUCAUCAAAGCGUCCUUUCUCCUCCUCUUCAAGGACCUGGUUAAGUUAUUUGCUUGCUACAAUGAUGGAAUCAUUAAUUUAUUGGAGAAAUAUUUUAAAAUGAAGAAGGCAGAAUGCAAGGACGGACUGGAAAUAUACAAGAGGUUCUUAACCCGAAUGACCCGGAUCUCAGAGUUCUUCAAGCUGGCUGAGCAAGUUGGGGUCGACCAAAACGACGUUCCUGACCUCAGUUAUUGCCUGCACCCUGGUGUGGUGGUGGACCUGCAUGACUCUGACGAUGAGGACUGUCCCUUUAAGCUGCGUGGAAAGGAAGAGCCGGUAACCUCCACCCCAGAAAUGCCCUGCUGGGGAAUCGUGAUGUCCCCUCUGGGUUUGAUGUCUUGUAUGCCUGUGGUAUCUCCUUUGGAUGUGGUGUCUUCUAUGGAUGCGAUUUCUCCUGUGGAUGUGGUGUCUCUGACUGUGGCGUCUCCUCUGGCUGUAGUAUCUCCUAUGAAUGCAGUGUCUCCUCUGGGUGUGGUGUCUCCUGUGGGUUUGGCAAAGAAAGGUGAUGGGUCACCUACCAAGGAUUCCCCUACCAACAAUGGACAUCCAGCCUCAGCUGCAGACAGCGCUGCUGGUGAUGAUGCAGCCACCAGCCAGCCUGCUGCAAGUUCCAAUGACCUGCUAGGUCUGGACCUCCUCGCUGAGCCCUCCCAGCCAGCAGAGGCAGCUCCGGCAGCUGCGACAGCUGCAUCAUCCUGGGGAGAUCUGCUGGCGGAGGAGUGCUUAGUCGUGCCAGCUGUUGCCAUUAGCUCUGCCGAACCCUCUGCUGCCGUAGACUCUGCGCCCGCUGCUGCUGAGGCGACCCCCACGGCUACGGCGGGUGAAGCUGCCCCUCCCGCGGCUGCGGCCUCCGGUUCCACUGAAAUGGACCUUUUCGGAGAUGCAUUUGCAGCGCCAUCUGGUGGUGGUGCGAUGGCUGGCGAGGCAGGGGUAGCUCCGCCCGCGCCGGCAGCUGACGCAGCUGUUGGAUCUGACGCCUUUGCGGAAUCCAUGGUUAGUGCAGAAGCUGCCCCUGAGGUGGAUCUCUUUGCUAUGAAGCCCGCAGAGACCGCCCCCACUGCAGUAGCGCCCCCUGCUGCCUCUGCAGCUGCCUCUGCAGCUCCUGGGCUUGACCUCUUUGGUGAUGCCUUCUCCGCCUCUACACCUGCGGCCUCUGCAGUGACUCCAGCCAAAACUGAGGCAGAAUCCAUCUUAGACCUGUUUGGGGAUCCCUUUGGUGGAUCCACCACAGAGUCCCAACCAGCUGCUGCUCCUACGGUUGGCAGUGACCUUCUGGCUGGUCUCAUGAGCACUAGCCCAGCUGUCGCUGCAGUGACGGCAGCACAAACCAACGCGCAACCUGCUUUGAACAUGGGCUUUGGAUCUGCUCCAGCCCCAGGAGCACCCUCCGGUGGCCUGGAUUCCUCAGGGAACAUGCUCGCCCCUGCCUUGACCCCUCAGGGCCCCGGAGCUCCCCUAAUGGCUGGAGGCGGGAUGGCAGCUGCAGCUCCUGCAAAACCCAUCAGUGGUGACCUGGACUCUUCCUUGGCAAACCUAGUGGGCAAUCUGGGGAUGACGUCUCAAUCUAACAUGCAGUGGAAUGAGAAGAAGAUGACAGGAGGGGCAGCCUGGCAACCUCAGGUAGCUCCCACUGGCUGGGCUGCUCCUGGCCCCUCAAUGCCUGGCCCCUCCCCCGGGGUUCCAGGGGGUAUUCCACCAAUGGGAAUGAUGGGCACACCCAUGGGGGUACAGCCUGGAUUUGGAAUGGCUUCUUCAGGACCCAUGAUGCCUCAGAUGUUCCCCCAGCAGCAGCCAAUGAUGAGGCCACCAUUUGCUGGGCCAGGUGCCCCUGGAAUGGGUCCAGCUGGAGCAGCGAUGUCCCCUGGGAUUCCCCAGAGCCCCAGAAAGCCACCCCCUCCCAAGGACCCCUUGGCAGACCUAGACCUUAAAGAUUUCAUGUAAAAGCUGGUGGCUGUCUGUGUGACGGGACCCAGAACGCCCUCCAUGCUGUGCCCAAUACAGCACUGGCGCUCCACAGUCUCCCGUCUGGUCCAAAUACAGCAUUUACAGUUCGGCCCGAUGUUGCAAGACACUGUGAAAAUCAGUUGUGGGGAAAUUUCCGCUCCUCUGGACAUUAUCCUUUACCUAAACACAGUAACUGACAAUGCCGUGUAUUUUUGAUGUUUGCCAUGUUGAGAAGUAGCUAUCAUAAGGGAUGUGUGUUGAUCUGUUUCCAUGACCCGGUGCCCUCAAGAUGACGCUAGUGUGAGCUUCCUGUUGUGAACUGUUAACGUUUGUGUGCACAGCUCCCAUGCGGCGAUACCAGUAGCUUUCCUGUUCCUCUUUGAAAACGUAUCGAUGUGAAGCAAAAAUAGUCACAUGACCCUAAACAUAUUUGUAGCCAUAGUGUUGGAUGUGGCAUCAGUAGUUUCUCACUUCUGACAUGCUCUGGGUUGGGUGUUUUGCCCUUUUCUGGUAGUGCCGUGUGCUCCAUCUUAGCUGUUGUGUAUACUUAACCCGGUUGCUCGUAUCUGUUUCAUUGAUUGUCAGUAGGAGAUAUUCUGACAAAUUGUACCAUAUCUUCUGUAUCUUCUAAAAUGGAUUGUAAUUUAACUAUUUUCAAAUAUGAAAUGUGCUUCAUUUGAAUGGGAUGGCGUUCUGCCAUGUCAACUAAGCUCAGGCACGGCAAGAAACACAGAUAGGCACCUGUCUUUGAGAAGGAAUAAAGCACGUUUACAUUCC